CCUCAAUGGGAGCGACUCCAGGCGUGUGCGGCACGGCUCCAGGGAGCUCCAGACAGCGGCGGGGCGGCGGCGCGCGGCUGGGGCUGGACUGGUUGCAUCCAAGGCGAGUGCUACCCGGCUGGCCGGUGGCCGGCCGGCCGGCAGCUCCGCGCGGCUCGCGCGCUCGAUGUGCCCCGCUCCGCCCGAACCUCCGAACCGAACGGACCGCGCGCCGCCGCGACAACAGCGACACCGGCAAACGCGACGCGCCAACCGUGGCGGCGCGAACGCGAACCGAACCGCGAGACGGGACGGGAGGCAUCGCGCCAAGCGCCGAGCGCCCGUGCCCGUGCCCCGCUUGACUGGCUUCACGUUUGAUUUAAAUUCUUGGACUUUUCUACACGAGCUUUGACUCCUUCCGCCCCAUACGUCUGGGCCAAAUGCUGCCAUCGACCUGCACGGAAAAAUUAAAAUAAAGAAAACCGCGUAUGAGGUGAGCCCUAAAGCCGUGCCGCACGUUGGGUUGCCUAUCCUGUAGAUCACAGGCGCUGCUAAGUAUCGGGACGGAAAUUUGACUUGAUUAUUCUUAACUUAGGAACAUAAAUUGCAAAGCUAAGCUACGAAAUGUUUUCCGUGCCGCACUCCAACAUAGGUUUAUUCGACUCGCUAACGAACUGUAGCAAUACAACAAUAUAUUUUUCUUUUACUGUGCCGCUGACUUACUCAAUCCAGGUGAAAGGGGUGCCUUAAAAUAAGCGAACGUAUCUGAUCAUCUUCUAUUUCUUUUCCGAAAAAGGGAAUAAUUUCUUAAAUGCAUCUUGUUAUCGAUGACUAAUCGAUUAGCCACGUGGACUUCCCCCUUCUCUUCCCGCAUAAGCAGGACUAAUGCAUAUUGAUAAUAUGGAACUUCAGUUCGUGCGCUAGUGCCGGCUAGAAUGGUCGUUGGUCAUAGCAUUUGCGGCGCAACGGAGAGCAGCCCACCCCGUUCGGCUCCUUCCCACAAGUCAACAACCCUGCCGACGGCGAGUCAACGACCCCGCCAACGCAGCUAAGGCAGAGGGUACUCGAUACGGCGGGGAAGGGCCCCCCGUUCGACUCGUUGCCAUAGAGGAACAGUUUCAGAGGAGCAGGCCUGGCUUCAGCACAUCCAGCAUGUCGCAAAUCCUGAGCUACACUACGGACGUGCUGAUUCACUAUGGCACCGGGUUUUGGUCAUACACAGACCCCCGGUCCGAGCACCUUCCGAUGAUGAAGACACCCCUUCCCGUCUUGGCCAUCGUCGCCGGCUACCUGUACUUCGCCCUUUCGCUGGGGCCGCGGCUCAUGAGGCACCGGGAGCCCUUCAAACUGGACAAGGCCAUGCUGGUCUACAACGCCGUGCAGGUCCUCUGGUGCGCCUACCUAAUCAAGGAGUGCUUCCGACUGGGUUGGGGUUCGACGUAUAGCUGGCUGUGUGAGCCUCUCAGCAAGACCAGUCUGCCGUCAGACUACGAGGCGGCCCACACCGUAUGGUUGUACUUCAUACUUAAGAUCGUGGAUCUGUUGGACACGGCCUUCAUGGUUUUACGCAAAAACUUUCGCCAAAUAUCUUUUUUGCACGUGUACCACCACACGGCGAUGGUCAUCGCCAUGUGGAUUGCCGUAAAGCUUUGCCCCGGCGGUCACCACACGUUUUUGGGCUUCCAAAAUUGCAUCGUCCACUGCCUCCUGUACGGUUACUACUUUGUCAGCCUCGUUGAGCCCCGUGUCAAGUCGGCGUGGUGGAAGAAGUACAUCACCCUGAUCCAGAUGGUGCAGUUCGGAGUGAACGUGGUGCACGAACUGUCCCCCUUCCUCAUUCCCGGCUGUGAUGUAGACCGCAGGAUCGGCGCCGCAAUCAUCGCGCAGAACAUCUGCAUGUUGGCUUUUUUCGGGGAGUUCUACCACAAGAACUACUAUACAAAGCAGGGGCGCAACAAAGAUAACUAGAUUCGACAGAUUACCCAAAGACAAAUAGAAACGUGGAUUCAACGUUGAAUCGACGUCCUAAACAUGUCUUAGGCAGCCGUUAUUUGUGGGAACACCUCAAUGUUUCACUAGCUGCAUUUCGGUGAUCCUUAGUGAAACAGUAUUAUGCCUUAAGCAUUGUAGUUGUUUCAACUCACUUCAGUUAUGUUCAGAAAUAGUUUCCAUAAACAAUCAACAACGCAUUUGAAGCUUUUCAAUUGUCUCUUUAAUAUGUUUUCAGAUUUUGUUAUCGGCCGGUUUAAGAACUGAGCAAUUACUUUUUCACAUAUGACAAUGAUGGCUCUCUUUGCUACAGAAAAAUUAUAACAGAAAACUUGUAACAGCAUAUAUAGAUUUACUAUCACUUCAAACAACAAUUAAAGUCAGGACAUUUUAUUUAUAACUAGUUCUUAUCACUUUCAAGUAUGGCUAAUAUUAUUGGCGUAAAAC